CCUCUUUUCCCGGUGAUCUCAAUCUUAUGUAUAUCAGGGAUUACACAAGAAAAAAAAAUAUACAGGUCUAUUAGAAUGUCCCUGGGCAUUGGAUGAUGUAGUUCUGAUAUUCUAAGUCACCAUCAAAGCUGCAUCUUCAAUAAUGGCUCUAAUGAUUUUGUCUUUGUUGGAAAUGGGUAAAUAAGGUGUUACCUUUUGCCUAAAUGGAAACUAAGAACCUAUUAGCGCUUGAAGUUUCUUCUGAGGUUCGAUAACCUCUUGAAGCCUCUAGUCUGGGCACUAGGAUGGUCAGUUAUUAUUUGUUCUAUCGAAGGUUCUUCAUAUAAGCCUCUUAGUUUACCCAGAACCCAGAAGUGUGAACUCUACGGUAUAGAAUGCUGUAAUAAUAGUUAUGCAUGAGACACUCUUUAAAGUAUUGCAAAAAGAAGGGCACACUGCUUUUUCAACAGGGAGGCUAUAAUUGUUGUCAGAUCAGACAGAGGCCUGACCUGUAAGCUGGCCCACUUAGUGAACUCCUAAAAUCUUGGGAAUACCUUUAUUUAAUCUUCUUUUGGGAUAAGGUGACUAUAACUUUUUUAAUUAAUUAUAGCAAACAAUUAGUUAUAAACUUAUUGCACAUAUUUCUUCUAGUAUAGAGUGAAUCUCAAUUGUAAAAUCUCAAUUGUAUGAGUAUACUCCAAUUUUCUGACUAAUUAGAUAAUGAAGAAUCUUCUUUUAAAUCACUAAGUUUGGUGUGUUGAGGGGUGGUGGUGGCGGCAUUGAUGAAUGGGAUAUCUACAUCUAUUUGCAUGUACUGAGGGUUUCUGUGUCUAUCCUUUGACUCCUGAUAUUUUGUGAAAACUGUGAAAAGAAUGGAUGCAGUCAAUCCCCUCCUCUCCACAGUUGAAAACUUGAAACCUCUAUUCAAUGACCAGCAACUCUGGAGCAACGAACUUUGGUUGCUUUUGUCACUAGGCGAUGUACCUAACCUGUCUUUCCCUGUAGCAAUAUUGAUUAGUGUCUUUCAGCCAUCUUCUAUAGGAAAAUUUGAAAUCAUAAAUGAGAUAUGGUCCCGCAAUAGGUUGCCAGUUAUAGUUGGAGGAACAAAUUAUUAUAUUCAGGCUCUUGCGAGUCCAUUCCUUCUUGAUGAAUCUGUUGAAGAUUCAGAAUCAAAUUGCUUAAGCGACUCUCAAGAAGAUGAACAGCCUGAUCUUGAAGUUGAAUUUACGGACAAGGAACAUGAUUGUGCUUACAACCGUCUUAAACAUAUUGAUCCAGCUGCAGCUGUCAGAAUUCAUCCAAAUAAUGAUAGAAAGAUCAACCAAUACCUGAAUCUGUAUGCACGAUUUGGUGUUAUUCCAAGCAAACUUCUUCAGGAGAGAACCGUAGAGAACUGGGGUCGAGUUGAUAAUUCAAGAUAUGAUUUCUGCUUCUUAUGCGUGAAUGCAUCUCUUUCCACUAUGGAUCCAUUUGUCAAUAAAAGAGUUGAUCACAUGGUUGAUGCUGGUCUACUUGUGGAAGUUGGUGACAUCUAUACACUAGAUGCAGACUAUACAAAGGGCUUGAGGCAGGCCAUCGGUGUUAGGGAAUUUGAGUUAUUUCUUCGACGUCACAUACUGGAACAUCAAAAAGCCUGUGGUGAAUCUUACCUUCAGGCACUAAAUGAUCAGACAUUGAGGCAGAAUAUACAUCAUAUCAUGGAUUCCCCUGACAACAAUGAACAGAAAGCUCUUUUAAUUGAAGCAAUUGAAAAUGUCAAACUGAACACACGAAGACUUGUACGGCGUCAAAGGAGAAGGCUUAAUCGGCUGCAGAUGCUAUUUGGAUGGAACAUACAUUAUGUUGAUGCUACAAAGUCCAUAAUAAGUGGCUCUGAUGGUGUAUGGGCAGUGGAAGUGGUCGAACCCUCUGCGAGAAUAAUCAAAUCCUUUCUCACUGGGGAAUGCAGCACAGAGAAUAGCAGCAAUGCUUCUGAAGAAAUGAGGUUGAUGCAAAAGGAUAUCUGGACUCGGCAUGUAUGCGAGGCAUGUGGGAAUAAGGUCCUCAGAGGUGCGCAUGAAUGGGAACAACACAGGCAGGGCCGUGGCCAUCGAAAACGAGUUUCUCGGCUUAAAAAAUCUGGAAACUUGUGCUCGUGAAGCUAUAUGGAUACCUCCCCCGCUUCAACCACAGUUAGUUACUUUUUAACUGCCAUGUGAAGUAUUGUCAUAUUUUUUUUUUUCACAUGUGUUAGUUUCGUUGUCAAAAAUGGUUGCACUCAUUUUGCUCAGUCUGUAAUUUACUGAACAGUUUUUCAGUCAAGUUAAAUGAAGCAGUUUAUUCGAUUGUCUUGCAGAAAAAAAUUAA